AUGCUCUUGAAUCAGAUAUUGUCCCCUGCAGAGAAUGAGAUUUCAACGCCAGACCCUAAAAACGAAAGAUUGUCAGAUAUAGAUGAACCAAUACAUGUAGAGGAGGAAUCGGAAGAGAUUUCUCAAGUACUCACAGAAGAUGUUAAUUAUAUUAGUGAAAUAAAUGAGGAACAAGUCGAGAUCGAAGUGAGUCGUGGAUUGUGUGCGAACGUAGUAUUAGGUCAAGAAUCAAAAUGUCCACAGCGUAAUGCUCCAGCUAAACGUGCAGAUUGCAGAACAAUAUUUGCAAAGAGAAUGAAGGUUUUAGAUACUCCAGAAAGCUUUUUGGAAUUUGUUAGUAUUUAUCGAAAACCAAUUAAAGAUAUUGCCUUCCACAGAAGUGAUACUCUGGUUCUAACGGCUUCCAUGGAUCGAUCAAUAAAAUUAACAAAUAUUUUAAGUAAUAGCAAUAUUCAAUCAUACACAUUACCAUUCGAAGCCUGGAGUUGUGUUUGGAGCAAGGAUGAUCCCACUGAAUUUUUCUGCUGUUGUUUAUACGAAAUGAAAAAAGAAUUAGAUUACAAGCUUCAUCCAUUAUCGUUAGAAGGCAGUUUCAUUUCAAUCAGAUAUGGACCAGGAACUGAUCACGUACUAGUGUCUAAAUGUCUGUCUGGAAAGCAUGCAUCAUAUGCUGUGUGGAUUACCAUUGAUGCAAAUAGAAGUGAUUAAGAU